AUGUCCAAUACUACCAACUCUUCCUCCGUUCAACUGCGCACUAUUACCGGGUCGGAGUUGACCGUGUGGAUAGUCGCCCAAUUCGUCAUUGGAAUUGUGGGCGCCGUCUUGACCAUUCUCCUCCUGAUUAUCAUGCACCGACAGCAGAGACUGCGACGCGGAUCCGGGCUACUUAUCGCUCAUGCACUGAGCGUCGAUCUGAUUUUCUGUCUCGUCAUCAGCCCAGUCACCGUUAUCCCCAUUUACCUUCACCAGAUGGACAUUCCCGUUUGGUACAACUGUGUCCUCGCUGACUUUUUUCUACUGGUCGCCAUCUACCUCGGGAACUGGACAGCCGUGGUGCUGGCCAUUAACCGGCUGAUCGCCAUUAUUCUACCGCAGAUGUACACCAAGAUGACAUCACUGCGUUUUACUACGUGUUUGCUGAUCUUUGUCUGGACCAUCACGAUCACUUGUAAUAUCCCGAACCUCAAUAUCGUACCGGGAUUGGCGCACGGCCGGCAAGCGUCGGGUGCGUGUGGUCUGAUACAGAAUGACAGGGGGAUUUUUACCAUACUGGGAGUUCUCGGCACGUAUUUACCCGUGGCGUUAUUAGGCGCGUUGUACAGCUGUUUAUUCGUUCUGUCCCGUUUUGUUAACGGCCGCGACAGGCAAAAUGAUGCACAACGAAGCUUAUUGAAAAGAAAGCUGGCGAUUGCUAAAGCCUUGUGUUUAUCGUUCGUUUGGUACUGUAUCUGCAUUUUGCCGCCCGCUGUGCUGAAUAUGUACUAUGCCGCAUGGUGGAAUAAGGAGAUACGGGUGCUGUUGUACACCAGAAGUGCCCAGCUCCUGGGUUAUGCGGCAAACCCGGUGUUCUUCUUUGCUGUCAAUGCGGAAUACAGAGCGGCACUCCGACGGCUUGGUACCCAUUGUAUUUUUCCAAAACGGCGCCGCCUAACUCACGAGACUCAUGCCGGGAAUUCCAUCAGCAAAUUCCGCCAAUCGUCUUCGAAAUAG